GUGCGGAAGGCGGCAGGGGGCCCUCGGUUCGCCUGGUUCGGGGCAAUCAGCGGCGGGUCCCGGCUAAGGAAGACGGGCCGGGGCCCGAAGCCCGAGCGCAGGAAGGCUCCCGGCUCGGUCAGACCAGCCAUGCAGUACCAGCCCUCCGGCUCGGCCGCUCUGCCCCCUCUCUACGCGCCCACCCCGCUGCUGCAGCCGGUGCACCCGACGCCCUUCUACAUCGACGACAUCCUGGGUAGGGGGGCGCCAGGGCCGCCGCCGCCCACUCUGCCGUCGCCCAAUUCCUCCUUCACCAGCCUGGUGGCCUCCUACCGGACUCCCAUCUACGAACCGACGCCGAUCCACCCGGCCUUCUCGCACCCCCUGACUGCGGCCACCUACGGGAGCGGCCCCUACGGCGCUGCGGCCGGGGCGCCGCUCUACCCGUUUCCUCGCGCGGUCGGCGAUUACUCGCACGCCCUCCUCCGGCACGACCCCCUGGGGAAGCCGCUACUAUGGAGCCCCUUCAUGCAGAGGCCGCUGCACAAACGGAAAGGAGGCCAAGUGCGCUUUUCCAACGACCAAACCAUCGAGCUGGAGAAGAAGUUCGAGACGCAGAAAUACCUCUCUCCGCCGGAACGAAAGCGCCUGGCUAAGAUGCUGCAGCUCAGCGAGAGGCAGGUUAAAACAUGGUUCCAAAAUCGGCGGGCAAAGUGGAGGCGCCUAAAGCAAGAGACCCCUCAAGCCAACAAAAAAGAAGAGUCAGAAAGUGGAAAAAGUCUUCAGAGUUCCAAACAAGAAAGUUGUUUGAGUCCUGAGCUGGAUAAGGGAGCUUCUCCAAGCAGACCACAAUAUACCCCUUCACCUGUCUCCCAGGAAGAGUUGGAUUCGGACAUCUCAGAUGAUUCAGAUCAAGAGGUGGACAUUGAGGGGGACAAAGGCUAUUUCAAUGGUCCCCAUCUGUAGCACUUGAAAAAGGACUUUCCCUCUGUUUGCACUUUAAGAGGAACUGGCUUGACAAAAAAAAUCAGUGCUACAAAAAAAGAGUUUUUCCCUUCUCUUCCAAUUGGAGAGAGGGGGGAAGGAAUAACAAACUUUGUAAAUAAUUAUCAUUGUGUUUAUUCGGACAAUCCAUUUGAUAAAGGAUAGAUCCUUUCAUGACUGGAAGGGAGCCCAUUUGCGUUCCUGUAUUUGUAUUGGGAUUGAUUUUAUAUCCUACCCCAGAAUGCUGCAUUCUUCUCCAUGAAUUUAAACAUGAAGAUCCUUAGCCCACAGGGGGAAAAAAAAUCACAACAGGGAAACAAAACAUGAAAAGGGAACUUUCUGAUAUCUCAAUGAGAACUUUAGUUCUUGGGAUGCACCCUUUUGCAGAGAUGUCACAAAUGCAGUGGAAUGCAGAAUGAAACCAAAGUUUUGCAUGGGAAUGUUCUUUGGUCAAAUAGAGUGGAAUAGUGCAUUCCAUUAAAAUAACCUUCCCUGAUGUAUGGAAAACAAUGUAAGAAACAUUUACUAGGUGUGUAGCAAGUUCUUAAAUAAUAGGAAUAAUAGUGGAAGAAGGAAAAGGAACUUCAUUUUGGCAUAUUUUUGGCAAUGAGAAUGGGUUGAUUGAGAUAUGAGUGGUCUAAGGAACUGUGUAUUGGGCUAUAAUAUCCAUGCUCAUUACUAGUCUGUGGGGAUUGAAGUCCGUGGUUGGAAGAGAGGAGCUCUAUGGUUAUGUUCACUCAUCAUGCUUAGUCAUAAUGUGGGUUUUUGGUUUGUAGAUCAUAGUUUGUUGGUUAGUUUUUUAUACAAAUCCAGCCACUGUAUCUUAUUUAAGAACCCAUGGCUAAAACCAUGCCUUAGAAUGAACUAUGGAUCCAGAAUGUGUGAAAUGAUUCUUGCUGUGUAUUCUUGGUCAGGAACAAGAGAGAAUCAUGGGAAGGCUGUAUUCACUAAGACAUAAUGUAGUUUGUUUCCUUUUAGCUUAGUGUGAUCUACAGUAUAAGUCAUACUAUAAUGUGUAUGAUCCAGAUCACUGGAGCAUGUUCAAAAUCCUGGUUGGAUUCACAUGCUUUUUGUGGCUUAGAAGGUUACAUUAAGAAAGCCAGUGUGGUUUUUAUAGUGUGGUUUACAUGUUGUAUGAUUUCAGUAAACAAUGGCUAAAGAAUGCAAGAGACCAACAGACACUAACUUCGUUUUCCCCAACCUGUUACCCUCCAGAUGUGUUGGGCUAUAGCUACAACUGUCCCUAAACUGCUUCUGUAGCCCAAUACAUCUGAUGGGCAUCAGAUUAAGGAAGGCUGCAGAGGACAGCACAAUGGAAAUACUACUGUGCACCUUCAGCAGGUCACUGUCUUUACAACUAACACUAUUACAGUCUUAAACUUGUCUACUCAGACAUAAGCCCCAUUAUAUUUUAGUGGGAUUUAUUUCCCAGAUGUGUAUAAAAUUGCAGACCAUUUUUUAAAAACUAUUCAGAAUACAGUUCAUUUAUUAUAAUGCAUUUUUAAAAUGUUCUUAUAUGUAUGCGAAUAUAUGUGCAUCCGUAUGCUCAUAAGGAUGAGGACUAAAAAAAUUAAUGCA